AUGAACAAGACCUACCUGCGGUAUGAGCUCAGCGAGACCUUUGGCGUUGUCGCGUCGCCGCAGAGCAAUGUUGUCUACGACUCGACGGGCAACCUUGCCAUCUCCGCAGCCCUACACGAUGUCGCUGUGUGGAACCUGCGGCAAUGCUCGUUGGUGCGCCUGCUGAGCCCCGAGGGCGAGUCGGCGGCGAGCAGGGCUCAGGUAACCAGCCUCCUCCUCUCGCCGGACGGGAGCACCGUCGCCGCCGGCUACUCGUCGGGCCUCGUCCUGCUCUUCUCCCUCAAGACCGGCGCCACCGCCGUAACCCUCCACGGCCACCGGUCGGCGGUGACGGCCGCCCGCUACCACGCCUCGGGCGCGCUACUGGCGUCGGGGUCCGCGGACACCGACAUCGUGGUCUGGGACGCGGUGGCGGAGUCGGGGCUGUACCGCCUGAGGGGGCACCGCGACGGCGUCACGGACGUGGUGUUCUUGGGAAGUGGGGGCGGGGGCGGGGGCGGGGUCGUGCCAGGCGGGUGCAGGCUGAGGAACGGGCUGGCGUCGUGCAGCAAGGACACUCUGGUGAAGCUGUGGGACCUGGACACGCAGAGCUGCGUGCAGACGGUGGUGGGGCACCGGGGUGAGGUUUGGAGCUUGGACGUAAACGCCUCCUGCACGAGGCUAGUCACCGGCGCGAGCGACAACGAGCUUCGCGUGUGGGCGCUGGAUUCACAGCGAGGAGGAAAAGACAGCGUGGCGGCGGCGGAGGCGGAGGCGGCGGGUAUGGUGGUGGAUGGCGAGGAAGAGGAGAGCGACGCGGGCGAUGGUGUCGAGGAGGACGUCGUGGCGGUGUAUAUGGGAUCCGUCGCUCGGCAAGGGAACGACCGAGCGGCCCGUGUGCGAUUUCACGGCGGUGGCCCGCUGCUGGGAGUUCAAGGGGCGGGGAAGGCCCUGGAGGUGUUUCGUGUCCGGGAUGAGGCACAGGCGAAGAAGAAGAUGAAGAGGCGGUUGAAGCGCGCCAAGGAGAAGGCAUCACUCAAGGCCGCCGCCGCAGCAGCAGCAGCAGCAGCAGCAGGCACGGACCAUGUCGACGGCGCGUGGGGGGAAGAGGGUGCGGCGGCGGCGACGGGCGAAGCAGGAAGAAGUACAUUAACAGAUAGCAUCGUCGCCGGGGACGAGCUGGAGUCGUCGGUAGUGCUGAGGACGGACCACCGAGUGCGGUCGUUCGACUUCGCGCCGUCGAUGACGGCAAGUAGCAGUAGCGGCGGUAGGCGCGGCGGUAGGGGAAGCGGAAGCGGCGGCGACGGCCUCGACUCCACCCGAGUCUUGGUCUCCCUCCACAACAACUCGAUGGAGGUGUGGGGUCUCGAGGGCUGCUGCCACGCCGGCGCCGGCAAGGCUUCCAAAAAGGCAAAGGGUGUCGACGAAGACGACGGCGGGGGUGACGCAGCAGCACCAGCAGCAGCAGCGUCGAGGAUGAUGGUGCUGGACCUGCAGGGCCACCGGAGCGACGUCCGCGCGGUGGCGGUGAGCUCGGACGGCGCGAUGGUCGCGUCCGUCUCGCACGGCCUGGCCAAGGCCUGGAGCGCGAGGACGAGGCAGUGCGUGCGCUCGGCGCCCUGCGGCUUCGGCCUCACGGUGGCCUUCGCGCCGGGGGACCGCCACCUGCUGGUCGGCACGAAGGAGGGAAACCUCCAGGUCGUCGACCUCGGGUCCGGGGAGAUGAUCCAGGACUACGCCGCCCACGAGAAGGCGAUCUGGUCGAUAGACCUCAGGCCGGACGGGAAGGGUCUGGUGUCCGGCAGCGCUGAUCGUCAGGUGAAGUUUUGGGACUUCGAGGUUGCCAACGGCAACCUAGGCCUGGUCCACACGCGCUCGCUGAAGGUCACCGAUGACGUGCUCUGCGUCCGGUACUCGAGGCACAAGCAGCAGUCCAAGCUACUCCUAGCAGUGGCCCUCCUGGACAGCACGGUCAAGGUCUUCCACGACGACUCCCUCAAGUUCUUCCUGUCCCUCUACGGGCACAAGCUGCCGGUCAUGUCCAUGGACGUCUCCGACGACGGAGCCCUGCUGGCGACGGGCUCGGCGGACAAGACCGUCAAGAUCUGGGGCUUGGACUUCGGCGACUGCCACCGCAGCCUUCUUGCCCACGACGACAGCAUCAUGAGCGUCCGGUUCGUCCGCGGCACGCACUACCUAUUCACGUGUUCCAAGGACAAGACCGUCAAGCACUGGGACGCAGAUCACUUCGAGAAGAUCCUCACCCUCAAGGGUCACCAGUCCGAGGCGUGGACGCUAGAGGUGUCCCCGGACGGGUCGUUCGUGCUCUCCGGCGGGCACGACCGGUCCCUCCGGCUGUGGCGCCGCACGGAAGAGAUGGUCUUCCUGGAGGAGGAGCGCGAGAAGGAGAUGGAGGGGCUCUUCGAGAGCGAGCUCGACCGGGACGAUGUCGCCGCGCCGGGAGCCGACGGCCUUGCGCUCCCUGCCCCGCAACGGAAGCCAGAAGGCACCGAAGAGGGAGGGGACGGCGAUGGUGGGGCGAGCGGCGGCGGCGCACAGCAGGCGGAGUCCGGGCCGGCCACCAAACGGUCCCUGGAGUCGGUGAAGGCGGGCGAGAGGCUCAUGGACGCUCUGGAGCUGGCGGAGCUGGAGCUGAAGCUCAUGCGCGAAGAGGAGAGGGCGGCGGCCAAGGCGAGACGAAGAGGGGAGCCGGCGCCGCCCGCGCGGCGGCCGAACCCGAUUCUUCUCAACCUUUCUCCCCUGCGAUACGUCCUCAGAACCCUCCAGAUGAUCAAGACGCCGGAGCUAGAGCAGGCUCUGCUGGUGCUACCGUUUUCGCAGGUGGAGAGCCUGGCGAACUUCCUGGUAAGGUUGCUCGCAGCCGGGCUGGAGGUCGAGCUGUGCGCGCGCUGCGCGGUGUUUCUUCUGCGCGUACACCAGGCGAGGAUUGUGUCGACGGGUAGCAUGGUGGUCGUCCUCGACGCCCUCCGGAACAACCUUCGGCGCCAACUCGAGGCGUCGAGGGACGUCGUGGGGAGGAACAUGGCGGGGCUUCGCAUCCUGGGGAGGCUGGCGGAAGAGGACAAGAACGCCUAUCUCAUGGAAAGCGAGGAAGACCGCCUGGCAAAAAGAAUGCGGCAGGCGUAAGCUUUGUAUUGUUUUUCUAGAAGAGAGGAGACCAGGUUGAUUGUACCGUGGUCGACCGGUAGCUUCUUUACCAAGAAACUCAAGAAAUAAUAUAAUGUACCAGGUGAAAUAAAACGUUUUUGGUUGGGUGUGUGCGUGUGUGUAUUUUUAUUACUAGCACGGCUGUGCGGUUUUGUUGGUUGAAAAGAGACUGAGUGGUUUGA